UAUAAUCUACACAGGCUGAUCCUUCCUUUCCAUCCACCAUGAAGCCCAAGACCACACAUAUCCUAUUUGAUUGCGAUAACACCCUUGUCCUAUCUGAAGCUUUGGCCUUCGAGGCUUGUGCAGAGCUUGCGAAUGAGAUAUUAUCGUCUCAGGAUGUGACUGAUCGAUAUACUGGAGAUGAAUUAAUGGUGGACUUUGUUGGCAAGAACUUUAGGGGCAUGCUGCUGGACCUUCAAGAUAAGUAUAAGUUCACGAUCCCAAGCGAACAGCUAGAAAAGUAUGUGGCUAUGGAAGAGGACAAGGUCAUUGAAAAGCUGAAGGAGAAACUGGUACCCUGUGCUGGGGCGAACGAGAUCUUGAAGAAACUGGCCCAGAGCGGGAAGUAUCAGAUGGGUGUAGUGAGUUCCUCUGCUCACCGGCGAGUCGUGGCGAGUCUCGAGAAAGCCAAUCAAGCGGUGUAUUUCCCUCCCGACAGAGUAUUUUCCGCAGCCACUUCCUUACCCAAACCGACAUCCAAACCUGAUCCUGCGAUAUAUCUAUUUGCUUGUGAGAAGCUUGGUGCUCCGCCUGCCACUUGCGUUGCCGUAGAAGAUAGCAAAAGUGGUGCUACUAGUGCUGUCCGCGCGGGGAUUCCGGUGAUUGCGUACGUUGGAAGCUACGAAACUCCAGAGAAGAGAAAUGAGAUGGCAAAGUCACUAAAGGACAUUGGCGCCGCUGCAGUCAUGUAUGAUUGGGCUGAAUUUGAGAACUGCCUGGAGCAGGCUGGGUGCAAUGUAUCUGAUGCUCCAUAAACUUCUGCCUUGACAUUUGAUGAAUCGCAUUUCUAGUCCAGGGCAUGUUUGAGAACACAGAAUUGUUAAUUUUAUAC